AUGGCGAUUUCGGAAAUGUGUAGCGCCGAGAAUAUCAUGGGCUCAAAGUUGAUGAUUGCCGUAAAAAUGCCGAGCAAGGACGAACCGUUAUUGAAAGAAGACACGCCUGAACUAACAAAACCGACCAAAGGCAGUUCGCUUAAACAGAUUCUCGUCGCCUUAUCGGCCAACUGGGGCACCAUAAACACUGGACUGGUGUUCGGCUACACCGCCGUCAGUUUACCCCAACUUAUGAUGGUCGGAUCCAGGAUUCCGGUCAACAAAUACGAAGCCUCUUGGAUAGCUAGCGUGUCGACCAUCGGAACGCCGUGCGGAUGCAUACUGGCCAGCUACUUCACCGACUUAUUGGGCCGCAAGAAGACCUUAAUCGCUUUGCAGUUGCCCGCUAUCGUCGGAUGGCUGAUGGUGGGCUCCGCGACGUCAGUUCACUGGAUUUACAUAGGGAGAUUUCUGGCGGGCCUGAGUUCCGGCAUGAUCGGCUCCCCGUCCCGAGUGUACACGUCUGAGGUGUCACAGCCGCACCUGCGUGGCAUGUUGUCCGCUUUCGCGUCCGUCGGAACGUCUUUGGGUGUCACGCUGGAGUAUUUGUUCGGUUCGUUCUUGGACUGGGACACGUUGGCGUUCUUGAACGCCACGAUGCCCGCUAUGGCGUUGCUUCUGGCUUUCUUCAUACCGGAAUCGCCGACGUGGCUGAUAUCGUCAAAGAAUGACGAGAUGCGGUGCAGGGCCAGUCUGAGGCGAGUGCGAGAUAGCAAGUGCGACGUGGACACCGAAUUCAACGACCUGCGCAUGUCCUCUAGAAUGGACGAAUCGCUUUCGUUCAAGGAAAAGCUCCGACUCAUUAGCCGGCCGUCUGCGUACAAACCGUUCUUGAUCGUUUCCAUCUAUUUCUUGCUGAGUCAGUUCUCUGGACUGAACGUAGUCACGUUUUACGCGGUCGACGUUAUACGGGAUUCGGGUUCUACGAUCGACAAGUACGUAGCCACCAUCGUACUGGGAAUCAUUCGGUUGGUAUUUACCGUGAUCGGCUGCAUGUUGAUGUGGCGACUGGGCCGGAAACCGCUCUCCUACAUAUCCAGUAUGGGGUGCGGCAUAUCGAUGCUGUGCUUUGCCGGCUACAUGUACCAGAACGUCACUUGGGUGGCAGCUGGGCAACCCGCGUCAAACACGUGGUUCCCGAUCGUAUGCCUGUUCGUGUUCUACGCCUGUUCGACGAUCGGCUAUCUAAUCGUGCCGUGGGUGAUGAUCGGCGAGGUGUUUCCCAGACAGAUUCGAGGCAUGCUCGGUGGUGUGGCCACGUGCGUAGGACAUUUCUCCAUAUUCAUCGUACUCCAGACGUACCCAAUCCUUCAGGAACUGGUCACCAAGUCCGGCACGUUCGCUGUAUACGGUUCCGUGUCUAUACUUAGCACAGUGUUCUUCUACUACUUCUGCCCGGAGACCAAAAACAAGACGCUGCAAGAGAUCGAGGAUUCGUUCUGCCAUAAAAAAAAACCGAAAAGACCGGUCGUCAUCGCUGCCAAUGCGACAGCUUCCAUUCAAUGCAAUAACAACAAUAAAAAAUUUGAGUUUCCCGAUGUCGUCUUCAAUCUGCCAAAACGCGACAGCGGUGUAUCUGUAUGAAAAUUUGACGACGGUUGUGUUAAACCGAACAUUACGAUGAUGAGGAAAUAUCGCCAUCGGUUAGUUCCUUAUUGAAUAUAUAUAUCGGUAUAUAUUUGUUUUUUUUUAUUUUUAAUGAUUUGAUAUCGUGUUUUGUUGUAAUACAUAGCACGUUGUCACGAACGCCUGUUUUGUAUAAUAUUAUUAUUGUUAAAACUACAAUUAACUCGAUUAAGUAUUGUUUUCGGUGCUUUCAAAGUUUGAAAGCUACGACGAUAUUCAUGGCAUUUUUACUUUACUUACCAUAAUAUCAUUAUUGAUGUAGUAUUAGAUUUUACGAUAUUUAUACCUUUAUAGUUGUUUUUAAGACUGACAAAAAGUGAUUUAUUUUAGUUUUAGAAAAUAAACAAUGUUUUGUUAUACUUUGUGAAUAAUAUAUUGAUAGAUAAAUAAUUUUUUAUAUAUAUAUACAAUAUAC